AUGGUCUCGGAUGUCAAAACUACCGUCCUAGCCACAGAAAGACCAGCGUUGGGUCCGGCACAUGACACUCCAGGCCCAAGCAUUGCGCCAAGCAUCAAUCUCAGCCGAACAACAACCGCCCAGAGCAGCAAUGAUGGCAUCAGAGGUGGAGGAAUUCGCGACGAAGAAGAAGGAGGAGGCACAGUUCCACACUCCGCUUUCUCGAUCAUCGAGCCUCCAGCCGCAUUAUCAGCCAUAACAACACACACAACGCACGUCCGGGACCCGAAUGUCGACGACACAUUCCCAGACGGCGGAACCCGGUCCUGGCUCGUUGUAUUGGGCUGUUUCUUCUUGUUGAUGAGUAGUUACGGAAUGAUGAAUUCGACCGGUGUAUUGCAGAGUUAUUUCGCCACACACCAACUGGCUGAUUACUCGACCAGUGCCGUUGGCUGGAUUCCCGGAGUCUUCACUUUCUUCGGACUAGCGCUCAGCGUGCAGAUCGGGCCUAUGUUUGAUCGGUAUGGACCGACAGGCAUUUUGAUCUUCGGGACUGUGACUUAUGUGGCGGGCCUGUUGCUACUGGCCGAGUGUCGGCUCUAUUGGCAUUUUGUUCUCACGUUGGGUGUUUUGACAGGGACCGGGGCUGCGUUUUUGAGUACGGCUGCUAUGGCGGCGGUGCCGCAUUGGUUUGAUCGAAAGGUUGGGAUGGCGAUGGGGACGGCGAUGGCUGGGGCCGGUCUUGGGGGUGUGACUUUUCCGCUUGUUUUGAGGGCCGGGUUCACGCGGUUUGGGUAUAAGUGGGCGAUUCGGUUGAUUGCAUUGAUCGUGGGGGUUUUGUGUUCGUUGGGGAUUAUGUUGGUUCGAUCGAGGUUGCCGAAGGGGCAGAGUCGGUCGAGUAUCAAUUUGAGGGCGUUUCAGGAUACCAGAUUUACUUGGUUGACUCUGGGGACUUUCAGCCUGGAGCUGGAGGUCUUCGCUGGACUGGGUUUAUACCCGACCUACGUUGUGAUGCAGGGGUUCAGCACGUCGACCAGUGUGAUUCUUCUCUCACUUUUGAACGUAUGCUCUACAAUCGGCCGACUGAUCGCAGGAGGCGUUGCAGACAAGUACGGCCGUAUUAACACCCAGACAGCACUAAUUGCAGUCGGGGUCUUUGCCGUAUUUGUGAUCUGGCUCCCCUUUGGCAACACACUUCCAGGGCUAUAUGUCUUUAGCUGCGUCUUCGGGUUGGCCUCGGGGUCGUUUUUGAGUCUUGCGCCAGCUUGCAUUGGACAGAUCUCGAAGGCGAGCGAGGUAGGAGGUAGAUUCGGAAUCUGCUACUCGAUUGUCAGUCUGGCAACCCUCAUCUGUAUCCCAAUCGGGGGUGAAAUGCUUGAGAAAGUGGGCAAGCAGGCCAUGGUGGCCUAUCUGGGCAGUGUCCUGAUCGUUGGAUUGGGAAUGUUCAUCAUGGCGCGCUGGGCAUGUCUGAGCUAUCGGUGGCGAUGGCAGGCAAAGAUUUAA